CGCUCUACAUCCGUGGGCUUAUACAAAGCCACUGGCUCCUUCGCGUACAUCGUAUUCACUAUGGCCACGGACAACUCGGGUGCUCUGCUUGUCUUACUUCUCCUCGGUUUGAUUCUAUUCGCCGCAUUAGCUUGGUGCAUGGUCUCCUCAUGUCUAGGCAGAUCAUUCGCCGAAGCACUCCGUGAGCUAUGGGACACAUUGAUCUUGAGCGCACAAUCAGACACACGGCCCACGCAAUGGAGAAGCCGCAGAAAUUGGGAUGAUUCCGGGGAGCUCUUCGAGCUAGAGCAUCGAGGCCGAGCAGCGUAAUAUUAUUGGCUGUGAGAUUGCCAUGCUACAGUCCGAAGUGUCUUAAGAUCUCGAACAUUCGCUACAUAUAGAGGCGCGUUCUGUCGGUUCCCAGACUGCGUCUCAGACUCGUCAGGCGUGCAGUCGUCUUUGCCAUCGCCCAGAGCUCAUCCUGUCGUGAUAGGAUGUAAUUAGAUGCAGACUUGUUCUCCA